ACUGCUCAAAGCGACGGACAUGCUAUCGCACUACAGUUUGUCAGACGAAAGGCUACUUCCGGUGAUACAAGAGCACUACUACAACUAGAUGACUUCAAUCUCGCGGAAAUAGGUGAGUAUUUCCACCCAAUUACUGUUGAUCCUGGACGCAAUGAAGUAUUUACAGCUGCGGUUGGCUUCAGCAAUGUUAAUCAUGAUAUACGCAGUUGCAGCAAAGGUGAAAGAGCCAACUUUGCCUUUGCGGGCUAUACAAGGAGAAGCACUUAUUUGAAGAAAUCAAAAGAAAGAAAAGGAAUAACGUCCAUUGAGUCAUCGCUGCCUUCACCGAAGAUUAUGUCCAAAGAGGCCUAUAUUGUGUACUUGAAAUACACAUUGCAACAUCUGCAGACACUAUUUGACUUCUACAGCUUCAAAUCGGCCCAGUUAAACUUCACUUUUCAUUCCAAAAUAAUUUCUUGA